AUGGUGCACCGCAACUCGGCCGCCGACUGCCUGCGUGAGCCGCUGGCCAGCACCUUGCCGACCAAGUGUAUCCAACUCAAAAAGGGCUUUGGCGAGUGCAGGCGAGGCAUGAUCGACAUGCGCAAGCGCUUCCGCGGCAACCAACCCGCCACCUUCAAGAACCUGUCCACGACCGACUCGGGCGAGGGAUACCAGCUGUACGCCGGAAAGUCGGCCUUUGGCGGCGGCGUCAAGAAGACGGAUGGCAACGAGCCCGAGCCCGAGGACUGGAGGGUCGUCGAGAAUCAACAGUACCAAAACGAGUUGCUUAAGCUCCAAGCACAAGCAGAGCGGGAGCGGGAGCAGCAGCGGAAGGGCAAAUGA